AUGGUACAUCUGAACGACAAAGAUCAAUCUGGAGAUGAUGUUGAUGACUCGUGGUUAUCGAGCGAUGAUUCAUCCGAGGAUGAAGGUAGCAGGGAAGGUUCACCACAUAGUUCCUCCACGUCAGUAAGUUCGCUUUCUGAAUUCACCCCGUCUCCACCUUCUUCGCCGGUUACUAUAAGUUUCUUAAAGAGGAGCCAACCACCUCCACCGUUCCGGGCAAAGAGGAUGCGACUCCUUCCGCCCAGAACAGAGUCGGCCGGCGUUUCCGGUCCAUUCAUUGUUAGACUGCUCCCAGAAGAGGAGAUCAACGAAGAUUUGAAAAUCAUCAGAGAGUCUCUAAAAAAUUUAAAACCAUCGCCGAGCAACGGUAAGAAGUGA